AUGAUCUUUGAGGGCAUACCUGGUGUUAAGACCUUGAUGGAUGACAUCAUUGCAUGGAGGUCCAUCAAGGAUGAAGAUGAUGCACAGCUGAGACAGGUACUUGACGUGACACAGUAUGUCAAUUUGAAGUUAAGUAAAGAGAUUUGUGUUAAGACACUGACUUUCAUAGGAGAUGUCAUAUUGGAAGAGGGAGUGACACCUGACCCAAGAAAGAUGUCAGCCAUUGAAAACAUGGAGAAGUCCCAAAACAAGGAAGAGGCAGCAAAUCUACUAUUUGACAUUAAUCAAAGUACUGAAGAUUUAAUUGUGACAAAACCAUUGGACAGAGAGACAACAGAUGGGUACAUUUUAAGAGUGCAUGCCAAUAAUUCAGCAUGGGAUGUGAACACAGAUGUUACUAUAUUUGUUACUGAUAUCAACGACAAUGCACCACAAUUUAUUGAGCCAUUUUAUAACAAAACAAUUCCAGAGCCUACAGUAAAAGAAAUGUUUGUUCUAAAUGUGUCUGUCACUGACCGUGAUCUGGACUAUAACGGAAGCAUUUUGUAUUUUCUUGAGCAACAAAAUGAAUUCCUCCAAAUUAAUGCCACCACUGGUGAAAUCUUCACGAAGGAGUUUAUUUCAUUACAAAACACAUUAAAAACAGCACUAACCACAACAAAAUUAAGUUUACUGUACGCCAGCUUAACAUCCUCAAUAACAGCUGGAAAUAAUGGUAGGUAUUUUACUAUUGGAAACUGUACUGGCUUGCUAACUUUAGCUAGAACUUUAGACUUUGAGAUGGAUUCUGUUUACAGUCUGCAAAUUAAUGGCCAAGACGGUGGAUGGAUUUCAAAGACUGCUUCUGCUAAAGUUGUUAUUCAUGUUCAGGAUGCCAAUGACACUCCAGCAGAAUUUUGUGAGAAUGCAUGUUUAUCAACAAUAGCAGAAAACUCACCGUGGGGCACUACAGUCCUUAAGCUAAAUGCAACAGACAAUGACACUGGAAUUCAUGCUGAGAUAAAUUACACUAUUGAAGAUGGCAACACUGAACUAUUCUUUAUACGUCCACAGACUGGAAUAAUAACCUUAUCAAACAGGUCAUCAAUGACAGGCAACUUGAAGAAUUUCUAGUGGGACCGGAGAAAAUCACAUGGAAGGUAUUCAAGGAAGUUAUUGAAAUUUUUCUCGGCAUCCACAGAGCACCAAACUAUAUGCAGCUGGUUGAAAGCAUGCUCCAAGCAUAUAAAACCAUGAAAUGCAACAUGUCACUAAUGAUUCAUUUUCUGCAUUCCCAUUUGGACUUCUUCCCUGCAAAUCUUGGUUCUGUUAGUGACGAGCUUGGUGAAAGGUUUCACCAGGACAUUGUGGUCAUGGAGAAAAGAUACCAGGGCAACUGGAAUUCAUCAAUGUUGGUGAAUUAUUGUGGACAUUUAAGCGAGAAGCCUCAGACACUGGAUACAAAUGAAAAUCAUUAACAAAAUUGUGCUGUCUUUACGACAGUUAUUUAGUUUAUAAUAUUUCUGCUUAGUAAUUCAUUCGAUAGUAUUUUCUAGUUAGAAUUAGAAGUGUUUAAAGUAUAUUCAUUGCAUGUAAAAUAUAUCGGCAUGCGAUGAUGUCACAUCCGGUUUCGCCGCGUCUUGUGGGAAAGUACCGGUUUGAAAUUAGCGCGAGGGUGGGGGCUCACCACGAGGCACACCUGAGCAGAAGUUGUUUUGCAGGCAUGAGAAAUCACAGUGAGAGCAACGCUGUAAGUUAAUAGAUAAUCGAUAUAUUGAACUAAGAUGUUAAUGCCGAUCCUGUUAGAAGUAACAACGGUCGAUAAUGUUUAUGCUUUCGUUAGUUAGAGUUGCGGAUAGUUUGCAUGGAAGUGUAUUUAAAGUAGUCAAUGGAGCAGGUAAACUCUGCCUGUAUACUGCACCUUAGUGUAAUGUAGUUAUAGUCACCUUUGCAAGUAUUUACAAUUGAAAUGUGAUAUUAAGGAAGGAACAAAUACUGUAUCAAUCUUGUAUUGUUUUAUCAACAGUUUUCACCAUAUGUUAAUGUGAAGAGUGAACAGUAAAUGGUUAAUCUUACUGCGAUCUGGUUCUUAUUGACUGUGGUUUAUCUCGACGUUUAAUUCGGCGUUUCAUUACACGCGAAGGAGAACGUGACAGUGAAAAAGCGGCGUUAUCAGGUGUUCCAAGUGCUGCAAUGUCAGCUCGAUCCAGCAUCAAGUCGACGCCACCCAGCGACAAGGGCAGUAAACCGACAUCAAGUAAGUCCACCCAGGCAAGAGCCAAGGCAGAAGCCGCCAAGGUGCGACUGCGUUACGCCAGACAAGAAGCAGUUUUGAAAAAUCGAAUGGCGGCCACUCUCUAGCACAUUGGUCUUGAG